AUGCCAUCUCUAUACAAAACAGGCGCAGCGCUUGCUGCAACCAUUUCCCUCGCCCUAGCGCUGGGCACUCCGGAUACCUGCUCUAACCCCAAGACUUCCUGUGUCGGAUCAUCAACCAAUACCUGCUGCUUCAACACGCCCGGAGGCUUGUUCCAGCAGGUGCAAUUCUGGGAUACCGAUCCAGUCACUGGACCCGAUGACUCAUGGACGAUCCACGGCCUCUGGCCCAACAACUGCGACGGCACUUACAGCGAGAGCUGUGACAGCAGUCGCGCUUACACGGACAUCACCUCGCUUCUCAAGGCCGCGGGUAAGACUUCUGUGCUAGACUAUAUGAACACGUAUUGGCUGUCCGACGAUGAGGGUAAUGAGGCUUUCUGGGACCAUGAAUGGGGGACCCACGGCACGUGCAUCUCGACUUUGGAGCCAAGCUGCUAUACGGAUUAUUCGAAGGGUGACGAGGCCGUUGACUUCUUUACCAAGGUUGUAGCGUUAUUCAAAACACUCCCAACCUACACCUGGCUCAAAGAUGCCGGCAUAACGCCUUCUUCAUCAAAAACAUACAGUCUCUCAGCGAUGAACUCAGCUCUUGAAAGUGCUUUUGGCGCGCCCGUCGUACUUCUUUGCCAGGAUACAAAUGUGGUGUAUGAAAUCUAUUACGGUUUCCAUGUCAAGGGAAACGUGCAGAACGGCACUUUUGUGCCUACUACUAGUACGGGCUCGAGCACGAAUUGUCCUAGCAAGGUCCAAUAUCCUCCUAAGUAA